UCAGCACUGUACCCUGACAACUCUAUUUCGCAGAAAUCUGAGUCUUUUUUUCUAGUUUUAUUGGAGAAUUUUAAGACGAGACUUAAAACAACCGAAAAAUGUCCAGACAGGCCACCAGACUUGACGCCAAGAAAGUGAACUCAGAGUUCCUGACACUCACCUAUGGGGCGCUGGUCACCCAAAUGUUGCGCGACUUCGAGAACGUCGAGGAUGUGAACAAGCAGCUGGAGCGCAUUGGCUACAACAUGGGCAUGCGUCUGAUCGAGGACUUUCUCGCCCGCACCUCGGCGCCGCGUUGCCUGGAGAUGCGUGAGACGGCCGACCGCAUACAGCAGGGCUUUCGCAUUUAUCUCAACAUCCAGCCCACCAUCUCGAAUUGGUCGGCGGCGUCUGAUGAGUUCUCGCUGCUCUUUGACUCCAAUCCGCUGACUGAGUUUGUGGAGCUGCCCGCGGAUCUGACCAAUCUGCGAUAUAGCGCCAUACUCAGCGGCUGUGUACGCGGUGCCCUGGAGAUGGUCCAGCUGGAGGUGCAGUGCUGGUUUGUGCAGGAUCAACUCAAGGGCGACAAUGUGACGGAGCUGCGCGUUAAGUUCGUGCGGCGUCUAGAGGAGGUCAUACCAGCUGGCGAGGAUUAGAAAACGAAUUGUGGAUCAGAGCUAUAUUUAGAGCUUUUAAGGGGUCAAUAAAAGCACAUUCUCUACGGAUUUAGUAUAUAAUGUUCAACCAGGAUUAAAGCAUUAUUCGACAAGCAUUCCGGAGCAACAACAGCAGCAGAGAGCAACAGCAACAGCAACAGCAGAGAGCAACAGCAGCAGAGAGCAGCAGAAAUAAUAAUUCUAUUGAAUCGGUUUAGUUUUAUGUUUUAUUCGACUUUAUACAGAUGAUUUCUUUCGGAUAUAUAGAGUAUACAGUAGAAAAUA